CAGGCAUUCUGCAGCUACCGCUUGAUGUCCACACUCCGUUUUCAAUAUACAGCGAAAAAAGUCGAGCGUGCGGGCGAGCGCAGCAAAAUAAUUAAACACUCCCCGAAAUAACACAACUAAACUAGUGCUAAACUAACCGAAAGUGACGCCGAACGCCGCGUUCUCAACAAAUCCAAGCGAAAUGCGAUAGGCGAGCGUUUAAUUCAGUAAGCGAAGGGGCGCAAAAGGCAUAGCAGCUCCGAGGCGUUGGCCAAAAAGAAGAAAAGCGCAAAAGAAACGGAGAAACGCAGUGUAAAAGAGAGACGCGAAGAAGAGAAGAGAAAAAUGCAUACAGCAGGAGUGGUGGCGAUUUUUUAAUCAAAGCUGGCUUUUCAAAGCUGCUCAUUUUGGGCUAAAAUCUGGGGCUGCGACGCGAGAGUAGGUGUCGAAAAUAAAGUAAAAAAUAAUAAAAAAUAAUAAAUAGUGAAAAUCUGAAAGAUAUUUUCCGCAUAUUGGGCAGGCGAACAAAUUAACAUUCCAGUCAAGUGAACAUGUUUGUGGCCAGCAUAAAACCAUAAAAUCUGCCGAGCACAUUUUCCUCUGCUCGCUGAAAAACUCGCCAGCACAUACAUACACGCACACACGCGCACGCAAAAGCACACAAACACAGGCAGGAAGGCAGGGAGGCAGGAAAAUCGCGUGAAAAACCAUGUCCAGCUGGGCAGAACGCGUCCAUAGGCGCGCCGCGGAUUUGGGCAACGUGGUGACCUCCUGCGGCCACCCAGCCACCGCUCCCGCCUACCCGUACCGCCUCGAAAAGGUCAAAUUCGGUGUGCCGCUGGAGGAGGUGUGCAAGCACAACAACAACAUUCCCGGGCCCCUGCUCGUCCUGAUCCUCAAACUGAACAAGGAGUCACCGAACCGCCGCGAUGUAUUCCGCGCACCCGGCCACCAGGGCGCAAUGAAGAAGCUCAUCCACUUCCUGCAGGCCGGUCGGCUCGUCAACGUGGACAACUAUUCGGUGUUCACCAUCGCCAGCGUGCUCAAGAAGUUCCUGCGCAAGAUCCCCAAUGGGAUAUUCGGGCGCAGCGGCGAGAUGGAGCUGUUCGCCAUCAAUGAUCUGCAAAACGAAGCCGAGCAAACGGAGCGACUGCACAGACUCUUCGGUUCGCUGCCGAAAUACACACAGCAUCUAUUAGUUCUACUGUUCGGCACAUUCCGGGUUAUCGCGAGCAAUGCGGCCCACGCCUCCACCGGAAUGACCAGCGAGGCGCUGGGCGUUUCCGUGGCCCCCAGUUUCUUUCAAUCCUGCGUCAGCGAUGGCAAAACCGCCCGCAUGGAGGAUGUGCUCAAGUUCAAGGUCUCUACGAAGAUUAUGCAGAAUAUAAUUGAUAAGUUUGCCACGCACGACAUCUUCGGGCGCGACAACUAUGAGUACUACGCCCGCGUCACAGGACGCAUUCUCAAGGUGCAGGACGAGUGGAUAUGCAGCUUUCAGUAUCCACCACCGCCACGUGGCAAGUUGGCUCAACAAAAAUACGCAUUGCAACAUUCUUUGGAGGCGGAGAAGACAUGGCUGCAGUGCCAAUGCGAGCGUUGGGGCUUACUGGCCCAGGAGGAGUCCCGCUCGACGCCCGCCCUGCUGACCAGCUCCAGUUCCGCAUUGGAGAACAGUGUCCUGUCGCUGGGCGUUUCCCCCGAACACUCGUUCAUCGAGAGCUGCGCCCGUCUCUCAGUUUCGCUGGAGGGACCUGGCAUCUAUGCCAUGACUUCGUCGCCGUUGCCGGCGAAGCGGAAUGGCAAUGGCAACGGAAAUGCCACGGACUACGACUAUGAUGACUAUGCCGACGAUGAUGAGGACAACGAUGAGCUGGACGGCGUUCACGACUUUGGUGCCGAAUUGGAGAUCAGUAGCAUAGCUCCGCCGCAGGGAAGUCGUGGCAUCUAUCGCCACAAGCAGCGAGCCCAGCAGCAGCCACACCACUACCAACAACAGCAGCAGCAGCAGCAGGUGCCGCCUCAGCACCAGCGGGACUACGACGAGGACGACGACGAUGAUGAGGAUGAGAUGACGUUUAUUAAGCGCCGGUAUCGACAGAACAAAAAGAAGCCGGCGCCGCCGAGCAGCAGCCAUCAUCAGAGGCGAUUGCGCACUGGCACCAAGAGUCUCGAUGGCGGAGGGGAGAGGCGCACGGGAUCGGGAGCAGCGGGCGGAUCAGGAGGAGGUGCUUCAGGCUCGGCAGUUGGCAAUCCGACGCCUCCCAAGCUCAAGCAGCGAACGUGCAGCCGCUGCAAUCGAGGCAUUCGGCACAGUAGCUCGUGCAGCUCCAAUUCCGCCGGAGCAACUGGCUCGAAUAGCGGAGGAGGCGGCAACGGAGGCUCCGGAGCCGGAAACGGAGGAGGGGCCGAGGGCGGCAUGACCAUGGAGGAGCUGAGGGCCGUCAACCGAUAUGCGGAGAGCACCAAGAGCCUCUCGUAUCUGCCACAGGUCCAUGAACGCCAAACCGCACGCAUGCGCACCCGCUCCGAGUGGUUCCUGGGUCCCCGGGAUGCGGUGGUCACGUUGCAAUUGCCGGCGGACACGUGCAGCAAUUGCUGUCUUGCCGCAGCCGCUGGAUAUUUGGGUGGCGGCAGCACCAGGGACAUGCGACAGGCUCAAACGGAAGGCGAGCGGAAUCAGGCGGCCUUGCUCUAUCACUUUUACCGCAGGCAGCAGCAGCAGCAACAGCAACAGCAGGAGCAACACUAUGACGAUAUGAUGGACACGGAGGAUAGCUACGGACAGCAGAAGGAGCAACAGCAUCAGCAGCAGCAGCAGCAGGAGCAGCAACAGCAACACAUACAUUCCAAGGGUCUACUAAGACCACCGCCGAUGCAACAUCAGCAUCAACAGCAGCAGCAGCAACGUCGCCUGCUGCUGGAUGUCAAUUCGGGUAGUUAUAACGCUGGACUAACUACGCUCACCACCAACAACACUCAUUUCGGCGACGAUCUGGCCAACUAUCUACACGAACCGCUCAGCAACACAUGCUAUUAUUCCUCCAGCCAGUGCUUGAACCGGCUGCCACCUGUUGUCGUUGUGCGCGAGGAUCAGCAGCUGACGGAGGUCACCGAUAGCGAUGGCGAUGGCGACUCUCUGGACGGCGGUGUUUUGCACACCCUGCAGGCCCACGAGUUGCAGCAUCAUGUGGAGCCCAGGCAGGCGGCCAUGUUGCUGCUGCGACACUCGACACCGCAGCAGCAACAUCGCAGCAGCAUGGCCUCGUCCUUGUACCAAUCCUUUGACGUGACCUCCGCCGAUCUGAGCCACGGCAACGACCACAACAGGAGCGGCCACAAUAAUAGCAACAAUAACCAUCACCACAACAACAACUUUGCCACAGUCAUUUUCAAUGUUUUGGACUUUUUUUGGCAACAUCCGUUUGAGUAACAGCGCCGAGUCCAUUCAGUAUGCAGCCCGACGACCGGUCGCCAGUCUUGGUCUCAAUCCCAGCCUCGGCGGCGCCAUUACCACCAUCAACACCACCAGCACCCACAAUCCCACCACCAGGCGUCUGCUCAUCAAUGUGCCGCGCCAGUAUCGAUCCUCGCUGCGGCGCAACAAGGAGAAGCAGAUCGGCGGCAAUAGUCAGAGCAACAGUAGCAAUAGCCUGGGCAGUGAUCAGUUGACCGGAAAUGCUGGAGCAGCUGCAGGAUCGGCCGUCGGUGUUCCGGUGCUAAACAAACCCCUACUGAUGGUCGGCCUACUGCCGGGUGCCGAGCAGCCGCCCUCCGUGCGGAACUCCAUUGCCGAGUGCGGCAUCUCGACGCCGGAUGCAAUGGACGUGGGCAUGGAGUGCAGCACCACGCUGAGCUUCAAGCCGCCGCGGCUGUAACAAGGACAACAGCCCAUUCGAUCGAAGGCUGCUAAGCACACCCAGAAAGCCUCGGCCCAUAGCUAUGUUAAGAUCUAACCAUUUUUUUAAAAUACGUAUACAUACUUUCAAAUCAAACCAACACCCCAACACACACAAAAACGAGAGUGCCGAAGAAAUCUAUAGAGAUUUUAAUGGGAAUGCCAUUGAUCAUCGGCAGUUUUGCAUUUUGCAUUAUAGUUAAAUCUCUGUAGAUUUUGACGGCCCCUCUUGAAAACCAUCAUACAUUAGGUUAUGGUAAACGAUAUAUGUAUUUAAUGUGUAUAGCAAGAAAAGGCUGAUUUUCUUUAGUUAAACAAACAAAACAAAAAAACAUGGAAAACGAACGAAUGGAAACAAACAAACAAACAAUUUACAACUGAAACUAACUAUAUUAUGCAACAAAUUGCCAAAUUUUAUUCAGCAUUCAUUUCGUUGUGUGAUUUAGGUUGAUUUUACUUCAUGUUUUAGCCAAGAAUCUCUCAAACUUGAACAUUGUCAAGGUAAAAAUAAACGAAAUUUUCACCUGAUCGCAAACCGAAACAACGAUACAAAAAGCAGAAGAAUUUCGAAACUCUUUAGCAUCUGAACAAUCCAACCAAUCGAUUUCGAGGCCGACUCUCUGUCUUUAUAAGAACCAUUUUAGAUGUUAUUUCUAAUCUAUGCAAAUUGAAACUAAUCAAAUGAAUGGAGCUCUUUAAAGGCAAUCAUAGAUCCGAAUACAGAUGAUAUACAUUCAUUUUUGAUACAGUGAAGUACAAAAUCAAAACUAAACAGAAACCAAUCGAAAAUAUCUAAUACAAAUUCUACAUUAUUCUUACAAAGAUAGAAACAAGAAAACUUAGCAUUUAAUAUGUAGAUAAGCGUUUUCGAAUUAAACUUGUAUAACUGCGAACGGAAAUCAAUAUGUAAAUCGGAUGUUAUUUCACUGAUGUUAUCGUUAAUAGUGCUAUGUGUACAUAUAUACGUGUAUGUCUAUGUGUCCAAGAUAUAUCUAGUAUGUAUAUUAACUAAACGAUAUGCUAAAACAGCCCUUCCUGCGGGGGAGCAGAACCGCCAAACUACAGCUAAAACGAAUGAAAUAAUUCCACUUUCUAUAGAAUCUGAUUUAGCGAAUCCUCGACGACUAGUUACUAAUAGUACCAAUCCAAGUAUGGUCUCCAGAUGGUCCCAAAGGACCCUCUCCAGAUUGAUUUCCACUGCCCCGCCACUAGAGUUCUGUUUCCCCUUCAUCCUAGACUUGGAGAUUUUUCAGCUUUAAUUGAAAAAUUCUUUGCGAAGUUAGAGAAAGAAACAAUUUCCUCCUCGCUGUGUUUGACCGACCACAUUUGGUGUGUUUUUGAAAUUGAAUUUACAUAAUUAAUCUAAAUGUUAGCUAAGGAAAUAAAACAAAUGAAAAUGAAUGCAUCUUAUUUUGCCAUUUCGUACGUAGUAUGAAGCGCAUCUGUUUAAGUGUAAAAAUUAGAAUUUAAAGCUCUGAAUGUUGCCCAGAAUUUAGGAAUGAGAAAUGCAAGAAACACCAAUUUGUUGAUUAGCAAAGCAAACAAAAAGAAGGUUAAUUUUAUCGACAUCAUUUUUAUUGCUGUAUAUGUGUAGGCUAUAAGCUAUAAAAUAUAUAAUUGUAUAAAUCUUACGGAGUACGAGUUCGAGUGAAGUACAUUCAUUAGCCACUAAAUACUAUUACAUAAAUAUAAAUCGUGUUGUAAAUGAUGACAGAAUCGUUAUAGAUAUACGCUAUAUUUAGUGAGCAGGAUCUGUUCCAUAUAUUUUCGCGUGCAAAAUGCAUUUCGAAUACAUUUUUCAAAUAUUUUUAAUUUAGUUUUAUAGUUCUUUUGAUUUACCCCAUUUUAGAGACAUUUUCCAUUUUGUGAAAGUUGCACUUUAAGAACUUCUGUAUACAAAAAAAAAAAAAAAAAAAAGAGAAAAGAAUCAUACAUAUAAUGUAACUAAUUACUGAAUGGAAAAAAUAAAUAUUUAAAUUG